UGAAAAGAGACUUUUUUGCAAAAUUUGAGAUUUUUUUUUUUUUGUUUAGUCUCCCUUUUUUUUAUUUUAUUUAAUAUUUCAAUAUGUCUGAUCACACAAAGUUCAUUAGUACAUAUUAUUCUACUGGUGAACCACCUGAACAACCUGAUUUAUUUUAUCAAUACAAUCAUAAAACAAUUAAUGUAUAUAGUCGACUACAAAAAUACAAUCUUAUUAGUAAAAUAACAACCGAAGAUUUACUUUCUAUAUCAGAUGAACAAACUUUGACAAUACAACAUGUUCUUGAUGCUACUUUUCGACAUGAACCUAUUCUUGUUAUUGUUACUUCAAUACCAUUAAAAUCUCAAAAUACAACUAUUCACGUAUUUUGGCACAAUAUUAAUUCCAAAACUACUCGACCUGUUCUAUUUGAUUUACCUGUUAUGGGUGAUAUAUCUCUUAUUAGUAUGACUUGUACUCCAUUGAAUUUGGUGAAAGAAGAUAUUCAUGAAAUUUUAAUGGAAGGACGUUUACGACACUUACUUGUCUUUGGAAAACGUGACCAAUCAGUUCAAGCAGCAUUACUUUAUGAAGAUCAAGAAAAUGUCCGUGGCAAAGUGACUGAAAUCCAUUUACCUUCCAAAGUGAGUGGUGACAUUACUGCCAUUCAUAUAUUACCUCAAAAUGCUCAUGACCUCCGAUUUGGUUUCAGUGAUCCUAGAAUUCUCGUUGGUACAAGUAAAGGACAUAUUCAAAUCUUACGACUUAUUGCUCGCCUACAAAAGCAAACUCACAAACGUGUAAAUAUAGUAACAGCACAAACUUUAACUGAAUUUGCCAAUGAUGAUAAAGCGCCAAUUACUUAUCUCAAAGCUGUACAUGCACCUGUCAAACGAAAAAUGGUGAUUGCCGUUGUCCAAACUCAUCAUCCAUUACCAAAAAAAAAAGUAUCUGAUCACAAUCAAAUGGAAAACCCUCAUAUUCGUGUAUGUGAAUGGUUUGGAAAUUCAAGACGCAAAUUUUCUGAACGACUUGUCCCAACAAAAUUGGAUUCUUAUACCAUUCUAGCUACUCGCAUUAUACCCACCACAAAGGAUUAUCGACUUGCUGUUGUCUUUCAAUCAACAAAGAAUAAACAACAUGUUGAAGUAGAUGUAUGGUCUGUGAAAACUUGUAUAGCCACAUUAAUAGCUUCUGGAGAAUUAAUAGAAUCUGAUCCACAAAAUAUCAUCCAGGAUAUUUGGCCUAUCAAAGGAACAGAUGAAUAUAUUUUACUCUCUCAAGAAAAGUUGAUUGAAUCUGGUUCCUCCUCGCUUGGUACAUUACAACGACAAUACUGCAUCACCACCGGUUUAUUGGAAGAAGAGAACAACGAUAAGAUUAUUCGACAUUCUACUCCACCAUUCAAUCUUGAAAUGCCUCUCGAACAAUUAUCGAAAAAUACCCGAUCUUCAACACCUUUGACUGAUAUGGAAGAUAGUAAAAGCAUCGAUUUCAAUUAUGACACAGAUAUUCCUUCUUCGCCUUUGCUAGAUAUGGAUCAAGAUGAAUCAUUGGAUCAUAUCGACGAGGAAACAAUGGACGAUGAUAGUGCACCAUUUACACCAUUGGUCCCACCUGAUCAAGAUGAACAAUUAGAUCACACUUCUGACAUCAAUGAUCAUACUGAUGAAGGAAUCAUAUAUGAAAAAAACAGUGGCAAUGAUAGUAUACCAUUUGCACCAUUAGUCUCACCGGAUCAAGAUGAACACAUAGCAGUAAAGGAUGAGGGUGUAAAGGACGAAAACAAGGCAUCUCCACAAGAAACGGGUAUUGUCAACGAUUUUGAUGAUGACGGCAGCGAUAUAUUUUACGAACCUCAAACAAUUAUCGAUGAUAAUAGUGAUCAUGAUGAUGAUGAUGAUGAUGAUGACAGUAGCGAUAUCUAUUACGAACCUCAGGGAGAACACAUUGAUGACAACAAAGAUGUAGGCAGCACAAUGGAUGAGGACAAGGCGGAAAGUGUUACUAUCGACAAUACCAACAUUGAAAACGCAGGUUUACCUCUUGAUGAAAUUCAUCAUGAUCUGGAGCAACAGUACAACAUUCCUAAAGUAGACAACAUGGAUAAUGAAAAUACAACAACGACGACGGUUGGGAUUCCUCAAGAUAAAGAUGAAAAGAAUAUGGACACCACAACUCCAUUGGAUGAACACCAUGAUGAUCAAGACGUAUUGAUUGCAACAGCUGAAGAGAUUACCCAAAACAACGAUGAUACCGAAACUUCAUUAGAUAGACAACUUGAUCAACAACGUGAACCUUCGAUUGAUCACGUCACUUUGAUUGCAGCCGCUGGAGAUAAUAAGGAAAGCAAGGACGAAGUCAUUCCAUUGGAUGAAUACCGGGAUCAGCGACAACCGGCAUCUUUGGUUGAUGAUAACAGCAGUACACCGGUAACCAACGAACAAAAUGAUGAUGAACUCAUCCAACAACAAUACAAUACCACUCCCACAACGAAUACAACUGUUGACACUGAAAAUAUCGAUACUUUAUCUUCCAUCUCCAAAAUGAAAGCAGGAACAGUUAGUGAUGAAGAUAGUGAUGGUGCUGAACCGAUUAUGACAACAACAACAACAACAAUUGAUAAGAUUGACGAGGAAGAUGUAAACUUGGAUACCAGCGAUAAUGAUGUCAAGGAUCAAACCCACAAAGAUGUCAGUUUUGUACAAACAAACAAGGAGCAACAAAAUGGAACGACAUCCUUUUUCUUAACAGCACCAUCAUCACCAGCACCUUCAAGUUCUCAACGAUUGAAGAAUGUACGACAAUACACUAUGACACCAAAAGAAGUUUACCGUCAAAAAGUGGAAAAGGUCACUCAUUUAUCCAUGUCAGACGGAUUAAAUAUGGUGCGAAAGGAUGAACAAUGUGAAUUCAAGCAAGAAGAACGGUUCUUUAUCUUUUUGGAUAUAUUUUUUACAGCAGGAACGAAAUUGGAUAUCGAAAAAAGCAUUACGGCAUUGGAAGAUAUGGAAUUGGACAUGACAGAGGAGGAUUGGUUGAUGCGGUAUUGUUUUGAACACGAAGAUCCAUUGAUGAAAUUGCUCAUUAUGCGGUACAAUGUCAAACACGAACAGUACGGAUUGGUGAUGUUACAAAACGACAUGAUGAAGCAACGCAAACAAGAGGAUGGAAAACGGGAUACGGAUCAUGGUAAUAAGGAAAAUACAUUGAUUCAUGUUGUGGAUCGUACUUGCAACAAUCUGGCCAAUAUCUCACAGACAAUGACUCAUGGUGUUUUACAAGACUUACCUUUGAUCAUUUUUGGACGACCUCGUGGAAAAGUUGGUAAUCCAUUUGUGAAAGAACAAGAACCAAACUUAUUGAAACGAAAAGGACUUCAUUUGGGUGCUGAUUUGAUCAAUCAAGUUCUGGACAAGAAACGAAGGAAAACAUGAGAAAAACAAGAAUUUUGUUAACAAUUGUGUAUUAUAGUUCUAAAAAAAAAUCAUCGAAGUUUUUUUUUUAUAGUGUAUAUUUUUUUUUUGAAAUAAAAGGCAUAUGAACGUUU